AGUGCAAUAAAUAAAACGAUUUAAACCUUGUUAUUAAUUAAAUGUUUAUACCAAAAGAUUUCUGUUGAGAGUUUUUUGUUGUACUUAAAAGCUUCCUUUUAUCCUUGGAUUCCCCGCAAAAUAAAAAGGUAAAAAAUGGAGCCUCCAUUGUUCUUAUUUACUUUAUAAUUCGGUACUUUCCGGUAGGUCAGGGCAAUUUACUGGUAGGAAACCGCUUAAAGAAGUCACGGUCAGAGGAAAAGGGACCUCAAAAAACGAGUAUUUACUUAAAAACAACAAUCUGAAUGUUUUAUAUUCAUUUAGGUCAAGAAUAACAAAGAAUUUUGUUUAUAAAAUUGAGUGGAAUGAACCUAAAACAUUUUACGACAUUUUACAGUAGUGCUAAUAAAAAAUUUAUGAACCAUUUAAAAACGUAAUCGUUAUUACAACCCCUAAAACGUGAAAUUAAGAAGCUGAAGAAUUCCAAAUCAAUAAAUAAUCGAUGAUUUCCAUUUUAACACGAACUAUGCAAAAUUAUUACAAUUUCCCCUUCGGUUAUUAUUACCAUCACCGGAUGUUGACACUAAAGUGAAUAUCAAUUAUACGCGUUUCGAAUACAACCCCGAAAUACCAUUUGCAUAACACCCCAACUUGGAAUUUCAAAUUCCUAAUCAACAUAGACACAAUUGUUAACAUCAUUUUCCUCACGUCACUUCAUCUUCAUUUUAAAAUCAACUUUAAAAUUGAAAUCGAUUUUAAAUAAGUAUUAAAUUCAAAUAAACAUUUUUUUGAAGUUUCACUCUGAAUCCUUCAAGAGUUGGAAGCUCUUCGGAUGAGGGUUUUAUGGGGGGCGCAGGCCCGGACUUCUUCGUCGCACGCAACCCUCCCCCGGAAAAGAGACCCCAUACGCCAAACUACUCCACUCUACGUCCGAUCGUUUUCACAACCGGACGUUUCGAAAACAAACUAGGAUAAUUAUGAAAAUUGGAAAAUAGAUUUAUUAAAAUAAAUUAAUUUAAAUAAAAUGGAUUAAAUAAAAUGGGUACAUUUAAAUCAGAAGAUUCGAACCAGCUCGAUUUAUCCUCUUUAUACCUCGAACAAGACACUUUUAAUAAUAAUAAUAAUAACGAAAUUCGAACAGAAAAUUUAUUAUCCACCCAAGAUUACAAGAUGUUGGCUGUUGAAUUUCACGGAAACGUUCUGGAAGCGAUGGUUGCUUACACGGAAAGUAGCAGUGAGGUGAUACAAAAAGCUGGAAUUUUUGAAAUUGGAAUUAAAGCGAAAGGAGCAACGACGUUGGUGAUGAACUCGUCUUCGUCAACAGCGGUAAAUGCAACCGUUGAAAGCGUUUUCGUGCCGGAACUAUUUUACAGACACUCGAUGGCGAUGACCGUUGUUUAUUGUGUCGCGUAUCUUUUAGUUUUCGCGGUCGGUUUGGUUGGAAAUUUCUUUGUAAUAGCCGUCGUGUUUCGAUCACCAAGAAUGAGAACGGUUACUAACUUUUUUAUCGUUAACUUGGCUGUAGCGGAUAUUUUGGUUAUCGUCUUCUGUUUACCAGCAACAUUGAUGUCCAACAUUUUUGUCCCUUGGGUUUUGGGUUGGUGGAUGUGUAAAACCGUUCCUUACAUACAGGGUGUUUCUGUAGCCGCCUCUGUAUACAGUUUGAUAGCUGUUUCUUUAGACAGAUUUUUAGCUAUUUGGUGGCCGUUGAAAUGUCAAAUAACGAAACGUCGAGCUCGUUUGAUGAUAAUGUUUAUUUGGUUCAUCGCAUUAACAACUACGAUCCCUUGGGCCAUCUUUUUCGAUUUGGUGGUGAUUUUCAGCGAUGCACCCGAUGUCCAACUCUGUAUCGAAGUGUGGCCGAACCCCCGGAACGGGGCCAUGUACUUUUUGAUCGCAAACAUGGUUUUUUGUUACAUCCUGCCGAUGAUUUUAAUCACCAUGUGCUACGUGCUCAUUUGGAUUAAGGUUUGGAAACGUAACAUUCCAACGGAUACCAAAGAUGCUCAAAUGGAACGUAUGCAACAAAAAUCGAAAGUAAAAGUGGUAAAAAUGUUAGUAGCCGUCGUAAUUUUAUUCGUUUUGUCCUGGUUGCCGCUCUACGUGAUUUUUGCCCGUAUAAAAUUGGGUGGCGAAAUCGAAUCGUGGGAAGAGGAAAUUCUCCCGAUCGCAACGCCGAUAGCACAAUGGUUAGGGGCUUCAAAUUCUUGCAUCAAUCCGAUUCUGUACGCUUUUUUCAAUAAAAAAUUCCGUCGAGGUUUCUUGGGCAUCAUUAAGUCGAGAAAAUGUUGCGGUCGUUUACGUUAUUAUGAAACGGUCGCGUUAAUGUCAUCGUCGACUUCUAUGCGAAAAUCUUCGCAUUUUUACAAUAAUAAUUCUAGUAAAAAAUUGCAACCUCAGAAUCAAGAGAACGCCGUUGCUUAUAUUUAUAAUAAUACCGGGGUUUAGAGAGUUUGGAAACAAAUUAUUGGUGUUAAAAUAAUAAUCGAAGUGGAUCAAAGAAAUAUUACACAAAAAAAAUAAAUAAGUUGGUUUUUUGGAAGGAUUUGUGGUUUGAUGGAUUUUAAAGCGUCGAGGUUUUAAGAAAAGGAUAUUGUUGAUGAAAAUGAUCCAAAACGUGUCUUAAAAAAAUGAUAUUAAUAUUUAACGAAGGCAGAAAAAGGAAAAUAAUUAGAAUAAUUAUAAAAGACGGUAAAGUGUCUUUUUAAACUGUACGCUUAUUAAUAGAUUUAUAUUAAGCUUAAUUUAUUAUUUUCUUUAAAGCUUUAAUAAAGCACAUUUUUUAGAUUAAUCACUUAAUUCGUAUAAAAGAAAUAAUCUAAAAUGUAUAUAGGUAUGUUCUCAUAUUUCGGGACACCUAUAUUAAUAAAUUAAAAAAAUUAAAUAAAAAGAAAACUGUUAGAUUGUACUGCCCGAUUUAGAACAAUACAGAAAAAUAAUUUUAACUUCUCACAAAUAAAUAAAAGAAAUUAUUGAA